UUAAGUGAGUUAGAUUGAGGUUUAUUGAGAAUGCGGCUGAGAGAAAGUUCCGUGGAGAAGAAUUGAGUUUACCAUUCAAGGAUGUAGACGUUAAUUUCCUUUGACUUGAUGAGAACCGUGUGCGCAAAAUUCCGAGAUUUGUUUUUCGAUUAAAUGUCGAAUGUCGCGUGCAAUGUGAAUCUGCGCAGAACACAUGUUGGAGGAGUAUUGUAAAGCGGAGUGCUCGCAUUAUCUCUUAUCAUUCGGGCGGGGUUAUCUGAUUCACAAGCGUUCCCGGCACACUGACUUCGAAUUGAGCGUAUACGAAAGCGUCGGUGGUCGGCCGGUUUGACGUCAACUCAGCUGUUUUCUUUGCCUUUAAGCAUGUGCAAGUCAAAGUUGCGUCUGGUAACGGAGGUCUGGUAAAGACCUAAACUCAGAAUGCGACAAUUGUUUAGCACCCUAUGGAUAUACGACAUUCAGUUCGAUUUAGUUGGCACGUAGCUAGUUUUAACUGAACAUCGAAGAUAUAACGUCGAAGAUUGAGAAUUUCGGCUUAUAUAUACCGACAUCUUGCAUUCAAUAUCGGAGUAAUUAAGGAUUUUUUGUGAUAAAGGCUGGAAGAUGUGUUUGAUACAACUGAUGAUGGCUCUUAUAAAGAGCAGUAAUUUGACAAGUAAAGAUCUAGAUAGAAUAACUGACAAUGUAAAUAAUACUUUAACUGACGAGAAGGGCAACGAACUGUUUCAAAACUAUCUUUCUCGAUCCCAGUUUGUGGAUGGUUUGGCAAACUUGUCGGUGUACAACGAGUGUUCAGAGAUCCUGAAAGAACAGAAUCAAUCUGAGGAACCAUUGGAAUCUCUCAUUACCAAAGUAAGAAGAGUGAAGGAUAUUAUCGAAGAAAGAGACGUGAAUAUAGCUUUCCGUACUAUGAAAGGCUUUAACACGGAAAACAGGGAACAGUUACUCAACGUAUUAAAAGAUACCAAAGAGCAAUGUCAGGAUAACUUACGAAUUCUGCACAAAGAUUUUGUACGUUGUGUUUUAAAAUGUAAAAAUGCGUUAACUUAAAAUCUUUUUUAUAUUUGUGCGUUACAAAGGUCUGUUGAUGCACGUAUUUCUACACGUGCAGUUUACACUGUACUUAUCCUAAAAUAGUAAUACUCAGAUAUUGGUUGCGUUCAGCAGAGAAAGUAACUUUGCAACUGCAGUUAUGAGAUUUUUCAACAUGAUUGAUUCUUGCUCUUAAUUCUUCAUGGAUCUAAAUGUACAAACCAAUCAUAUUACAGAAUUUUACAACAGUUGCAAAGCUUUUUUUGCUGAAUGCAACCAUUAUAAAAAUGAAAAAAAUUUUUUAGGAUAAUUUUUAGAUAGAUAUAUAUGAAGGUGAUGGUUCCUCAUGUAAAACAAUCGACUCAUAGGCUGUGUUUAGAUAUACAUUGUGCCAAUACUGAAAAUCUUUAGUUUAUGGUGACGCAUAAUACGGAUUUAACUUUCGAACAAAAUUAUUUUGAUGGUGCUCUAACAAAAAUUAUUUUCAUUUUUUUUUACUAUGGAUUUUCAGUAUCGGCAAUAAAAAUAUCGGAAUACGUAAGCAACUAUCCUAGAUUUGAUCUUAACUUAUCUAGUCAUCCCGUGUAUAUAUUUCUAUUUAUAAAAGAUUUAUAAAAAUAUUAAUUGAAGAAUAUUUAUGGGAGAAUAAAGAAAUGAGGGGAAUUGUUUAGAUAAUGAGUCUUUUUUUUAAAUAAGUUUUAAUGUACUUCAGUGAUGUAGCGAUAAAGAACAGGCCUGCAAAUCAAUUGUUCCGUAAUAUUUAAUUUUAAUUGCAUUUUGUUUGUCAUAGCGACGAAAAGUACAGAGGCUAAAUAAAGUGAUCUUGUCAACGAAAA